CUCCGACCCUCCGUCCUCACCCUCCCCUCUUGUCUACCUCCAGCGGCUCCUUCUCCUUCUCCUCCCAGCCGGUGGUCACCUCUUUUGGACCGUGGAGUCCCGCCUGUCUCGCCUCGGCGCCCUCCUCCAGGGCUUAGGAGGAGCGCCGGGGAACUCAUCCAGGUUCCUGCCGGGCUUCGUGUCCACCUCCGCGGAGAGCCAUGGUGGCGCGGAGCGGCGGGAGAGACGCGGCUCGACGCGCUCUCGGAUGCCAGUGAUGCGGGGUCUGAUCGCGCCUCAGAACACCUUCUUGGACACCAUCGCCACUCGGUUCGACGGCACCCACAGUAACUUUGUCCUGGGGAAUGCUCAAGUCCAGUCCCUCUACCCCAUCGUCUACUGCUCGGACGGCUUCUGCGAGCUGAGCGGCUUCGCCCGCGGCGAGCUGAUGCAGAAGAGCUGCAUGUGUCACUUCCUGUACGGCGGCGAGACCAGCGACCGCAUCACCUCGCAGAUGCAGAAGGCUCUGGACGAACGCCGCGAGUUCAAAACUGAGAUCAUUCUGUACAAGAAGAGCGGCUCCAAGUUCUGGUGCUUAUUAGACAUAGUUCCCAUCAAGAAUGAGAAGAGCGAGGUGGUUCUGUUCCUGGUGUCACACAAGGACAUCACAGAAAAUAAGGUCCUGGACCGUGGCAGUGAAUCUGACACUGAUGAGGAAACGGGUCUUGAGAUCCGCCCCAUCAGUCGGCCACCUGGGUGCAACUUGGAGCGUCGGCGCAGUCGGGCCGUCCUCUACCAGCUGUCUGGACACCUCCAGAAACAGGACAAGACUAAGAGCAAACUGAAGAUUAAUAAUAGUGUUUUUGGAGCCAAUGCUAACCCGAUCCCUGAGUAUAAGGUGGCUGAUGUCCAGAAGUCCCGUUUGAUCCUCCUGCACUAUGGUGCGUUCAAGGCCGGCUGGGAUUGGCUGAUCUUGUUGGCCACCUUCUACGUAGCCAUCACCGUUCCCUACAACGUUUGCUUCACUGCCGUAGAGAUACGGGAGGACGGCGGCGCGGCGGCUCGAAACCCUCCGAGUGUCAGCGACAUCCUGGUGGAGAUCCUUUUCAUCAUCGAUAUCGUGUUAAACUUUCGAACGACCUACGUGAGCACGUCAGGUCAGGUUGUGUACGAUGACCGCUCCAUCUGCAUCCACUACGCCACCUCCUGGUUGUUUGUGGAUCUGAUUGCAGCGCUGCCCUUUGACCUGCUGUACGCCUUCAACAUCAGUGUGAAUUUCGGGGUACACCUGCUGAAAACGGUGCGCCUGCUGCGUCUCUUGCGCCUCCUGCAGAAGCUGGACAGGUACUCCCAGUACAGCGCUGUGGUCCUCACUCUGCUCAUGUCCACCUUCGCCCUGCUGGGCCACUGGAUGGCCUGUGUCUGGUACUUCAUUGGGCGCAGCGAGAUCCAAAGCAACAACCCCAUGUCCUGGGACAUAGGCUGGCUCCAUGAACUGGCCAAGCGUUUGGGAACUCCAUACUUCCUGACACCACUGACCUCCCUGCUGGGAGUACCGGACUCUCCUCAGGGUGGUGUGACGGCAGGGCUGGUUAACUACAGCCAGUGGAACAGCUCCGGGUUGAACGGGACCAGUUCGGUGGGCUCAGGCGGCAGGACCAGAGCGAGGGCGCUGAAUGGCUCGGGCAUGACGCUGAGCGGAGGGCCGUCCGUCCGGAGCUCCUACGUGACAUCUCUGUACUUCGCCCUGAGCAGCCUGACCAGUGUGGGCUUCGGCAACGUCUCGGCCAACACCGACUCUGAGAAGAUCUUUUCUAUUUGUACCAUGUUGAUUGGAGCACUAAUGCACGCAGUGGUUUUUGGUAACGUGACGGCCAUCAUUCAGAGGAUGUACUCGCGCCGUUCGCUCUACCACACCCGCACAAAAGACCUGAAGGACUUCAUCCGUGUACAUCGGCUGCCGAAGGCCCUGGAGCAGCGCAUGAUGGAGUGUUUUCAGACCACCUGGUCUGUCAACAACGGCAUAGACGUCAGCGAGCUGCUGAAAGACUUCCCCGAUGAGCUGAGGGCUGACAUCGCCAUGCACCUGAAUAAAGAGCUGCUGCAGCUGCCACUGUUCGAGUCGGCCAGCAGGGGGUGUUUGCGUUCUCUCUCCCUUAUCAUCAAGACCUCCUUCUGCGCUCCGGGAGAGUUCCUCAUUCGCCAGGGUGACGCUCUUCAGGCCAUCUACUUCGUGUGCUCUGGCUCCAUGGAGGUGCUGAAGGACAGCACAGUGCUGGCCAUUUUAGGCCGUGGCGACCUGAUCGGUUCUGACUGUCUGACGCAGGAGGAGGUGAUUAAGACCAACGCCUGUGUGAAAGCUCUUACCUACUGUGACCUCCAGUACAUCAGCCUCAAAGGGCUCCGCGAGGUGCUAUGCCUCUAUCCGGACUACGCCCAAAAGUUCCUCACCGAGAUCCAGCACGACCUGACAUACAACCUUCGAGAAGGCCACAACAUUGAGGCCGACUACGAGAGCAACGGGGGAAUCAUGAAGAAGCUCGCCUCCAUCAAAGAGGAUGAGGAGGGAUCGGGCUCUGAGGGCGAGCGCUCUCCUCUCCCCAAGAUACCGACCCUGGGCAGGUUAGGCCGUGGUUUGCGCUCCCCCCUGCGCUCCCCUCUUCGCUCUCCGCUGCUGCCACCCCGCCCAUUCAGAUCGAUGAGCGAUCAGAACCGACCCACCAGCCUGCAGAUCCCGGUGGUGAGCGUCAGCUGCCUGCAGCCGGACCUCAGCCCUCGGUUUGUGGACGGGAUAGAGACAGAGAACCACAGCAGUUCAAAUCAGAAGUUUGAGUUUUCUCCCAGUGCGACACGCACUUUUCUACCUGGCCCAGAUUCAGCCAUUUUAGCAGCCCACGAUGACGGUGACACCAUGCAGACUAUUGCAAUGCUAAAGCAUGAGAUGUCUGUCCUCUCCCGUCAAGUAACCUCGGUGAGUCAGGAGCUGCACGAAGUGACGCGCCUCCUCAAGCCUCUCUUCCACAACUCCUCCUCUCUACUGAUGCCUUGCACUGUGACUCCGCCCCCCAGCGUGUCCCCGCCCCUCCAGACCCAACACGUAGAUGUGGGAAAGCCUCCGCCGGUCCUGGCCCCGGACCUGUGCUCUCCUCAGCUGACCUUGGGCGAGGCGGUUCAAGGAGACUUGAAACCCCUUCACGGUUCCCCUCCUCCUCCUCCUUCUCCUUCUUCUCCCACCUCCCGUCAGCUCAGUUCCCCUCCCUGCCAUUGCUCAGCUCCUCCUUCGCUCCACAGCUCUCCUCCUGAGCGCUCUCAUCCCUGUCCUCCUCCGUCCGUCCCGUCUCCUCCUUCCCGCUCCUCGUUCACCGCUCCCCUGCUGGUUGACUUAUCAGAACCAGAGUGUCAGCUCCACUUCACGCCGUACCGCUCACAGCCUCACCUCCAAACCUCCAGCUCACCGUCACACUCCCACAGGUCCCUCCUGAACCUGCGGGGCGCCGACUGGCGGGGGAGCAGCUCCCAGCUCAGCUUCGUGGACGAAGGACGGCCGGCGGUGUGACUGGAUCCAGACCUUCUGAGAGGAGCAGCAUGCCACACCACCACCUGCAUGACGAACAUUCGCACAAAGCUUUGCGCGGGCAGAACAAUGUAAAUAUGUUGUUUUUAAAAACUGUUAUUAUAUGAGCACUGAUAAUAAACUACUUUAACAUCUUCA